CGUAUUCCGUGCUAUCGGUCUACCUUGCUCGCUCCUAGCUCACAUUUCACAAUCCUUCUCUCGGCUGAUGUAAUUCUAUCCCCGAUAACUGACUACUGUGUGUACUUUAUAAAACUUUGGCGGGAAACUUCCACAAUAGUACGAACGCUUCAGUAGUGAACAGUACGGUUUUGCAGGAUGGCAGCGACAACGAACAGCGCUUCUAAUGGGAUCUCAAUUCUUGACCUUAUCCUGAAAAAGAAGCAAGGAUCGGCCCUUACUAAGGAAGAGAUUGAGUAUUUUGUGCAGGGAGUUGUUGAUGAUGCUAUAUCUAAAGAACAGCUUGGUGCCAUGUUAAUGGCGACAGUUCUGAAAGGUUUAGAUGAUUUUGAGACGACGUGUCUGACACGUGCAAUGAUGAACUCUGGUGAAGUCAUGUCUUGGCCAGAAAAAUGGCGUGGAAAGAUUGUGGACAAACACAGUACGGGAGGCGUUGGUGACAAAAUCAGCCUCGUUCUGGCCCCAAUCUUAGCAUCUUGUGGCAUGAAGGUACCUAUGGUGUCGGGCCGGGGACUUGGACACACCGGUGGAACCUUGGACAAGUUAGAAUCGAUCCCAGGAUUCAGCGUUGCCUUUAACACAUCCGCCAUGAGGAGUAUACUGGAGGACGUGGGAUGUUGUAUUGUUGGUCAGACAGAAACAUUAGUACCUGCCGAUAAAAAGUUAUACGCCACCCGUGACAUCACAGGCACAGUGGAUAGCGUUGGAUUGAUAUCAUCGUCAAUCGUCAGUAAGAAAGCCGCAGAAAAUUUAGAUUUUCUCAUUUUGGAUGUGAAAUGUGGAAAAGGCGCGAGCACUAAUUCGGAAGAAGAAGCUUUUGAGUUGGGCACUCGCAUGGUCAAUAUUGCCAACGGUCUCGGUAUCAAUACGGCAGCCUUGAUGACUGAAAUGACAAACCCGAUUGGUCAAGCGAUUGGAAACGCUCUCGAAGUGGCUGAGUCCCUGAGUUGCCUCCACGGCAAAGGACCUAAAGACGUCAUGAACCUUGUCUACCAGUUGGGUGGUCAUUUAUUGUCAAGAGCUGGUUUGAAGGAGACGGUCGAGAUGUCCUGUAGUAUGAUGGAGGCUCUAGUACGUGACGGAAAAGCAAUGGACUGCUUCAGGAGGAUGAUAAUAGCCCAGGGCGUAGCGGAGGAUACUGCUAAGCGUUUGUGUGACCCAGAAAAUGAUGUUUGGGCCAUUCUUCCCAAAGCAAAACACGUUACAGGAUUGAAAAGUGACAAAAAAGGAUUCAUCCAUGAAAUUGACUCUAAACGGUGUGCUAUUGCCUCUGGAAAGAUGGGAGCCGGUAGAAGCAAGAGUGGUGACGUCCUCCAAUUCGGUGUUGGCCUUAUGUUACAAGUUGGUGUUGGCGAUGCGAUUGACAAAGGUGAUGUAUGGGUUAACGUUCACCACGAUACGGACUCAAUUCCCGUGGACGUACUGACCGAGUUAGAACAAGCUUUAGUGGUUGAAGACCAGGAACUGACUAGCAAAAACGAAUCACGAGUUAUGAAGGUCAUCACCAGUUCACUCGACAUGCACUAGGAAACACUAUAGUGUGCUUCUUAAGAUUUCAAAGAAAUUCGUUUUUAUUUCAUUAGGAUGUUAGCUGUGUUGCUAAUACUUAACGCUGUAAGGUUUUCAUAUCAUAGUAAGAUAGCUAACAGAUGUUUCUAUUGCACAAAAUUUAUUGUUGAUGAUCAUAUAAGAUUCUUAGAAAUAUAUUGAAAGGGGGCAAUUUAAUUCCGAGGUAUUAAUGAUGAAGGGAUUUUAACACGCUAAAUGGACCAGAAAAUUUGACAUAUCCCAAUAUCUUAAUGUCAGGUUAAACUAAUUCAUAUUGGUACAUAUUCUAGAGUAUUAUAUUCACUGUAAGUACCAGCGGCAUAUAGUUGUUGUUAUUGUGGUCUGCACUCGUUAUUACAAUAUCUAUAUGAUGUGCUAAUUUCAUGUUUACUUUAUCCUAAGAUGUAACUUGUAAGGAUAGACAUAAUGUAUACGAGUUCAGAUUCUGCACAUAGUGUAAAUAUACUGAGAAUUUCAUAAUAUUUGUCCUUAUUCUAAACAGCUAUAUCUGGAUCAGUUUGUAUGAUACAAGGAUGAGGUUUGAAGCUAAAUGAAGUUUUAACACAAAAAUUAACACAAUGUAAAACGUACAGGAAAAUAAUGACUUUAUGAUAACUUUUACAUCGUCAAUUGUCCAUUGGCUCCAUCAGAGAACAAUGUGCUGAAAUUGUAUUAUGAAUGCAAUUACUUAACCAGUGUACAUGUAUACAUGUAUUUAUUUGUUUUCAUUAUAACAUAUCUCAUGUUUUUUAUGUUUUAAGUCUAGAUUAAGUAUUGAUUACAAAUUGAUGAGGAAAGAAAAUAGUGUUUAAACACUAGACUUGUGUUCUAUAAACUUUUCAAAAUGUCGCUUCCUAUAUGACUGGGCAUACCGUACUAAUGUAUAAAUUGGGCAUUUAGAAUAUGUGUAUCAAUAAGUUAUUUCUCGUUUCUUUAUUAUUAAUGAUUUAAGUUGACAUAUUCAGUUGUAGACUUUGCUAGUAUCGACCGAUCUAGAUCUCAUCGAAAAUAUACUUGCAAUAUAUUAAACAAAACUGCCUAAUAACGGUCGUGUCUGAUUUCGAAAUUUAAAUUUGUAAUUUUUCAAAAAGGGCAUUUUUUUCAACAUCUUUGUUUCAUAAAGAAUCAGAAACUGAUUUCAGCCUGCGUUAUCUCCUCUUACAUUUAUACUAAAAAUACGCAUUAAAUGAUACAUAAGUGCCUUUUGUUAGUAAAUGUGAAUGUUUCUAUUCCCUCAGGUGUGUAUGCUUCGUUUUUACAUCUCGACGUUGUUCUUACUCAGAGAGUAGAUCUAGAUAUCUAUAUGUCAAACAUAACGUAUACACUUAUUUUACAUAUCAUACACAUACUUGUAGAGAAGAAAGGUGGACUUUACACCGAGAUCACUCUAGGUCAGGUAGUUAGAACGAAGCAUAUGGAUGAAUUCUAGAUAAAGGAGGUUGUAUGAUUUAA